GUUCGAUAGUGGUGUUCAUUCGGGUUUGAGCUUUUCGGAUUUUUCCCUUUUUUCCGUUCACGUUGGCCCUAACCCACCAACUAUUUUCACGGGCGUGCGAGCACCUCAUCUGCGUACGAAUGUACAUAAGGAAUUUCCGGACACCGUUGAUGCCCAUCCCGGCCAAUAGCAACAAAAAUUCUAAUCAAAGCCAACGCCAUCAAAGCCAGCAGCAGCAGGCGCAAAGUCAGCAGCAGCAGCAGCAGCACCAGAGUCAGCAGCUGCAGCGCAGUCAUCACAACCACCACUUCAGCAGUAGCCAUCAUCACCAUCAUCAUCACCAUCAUAGCAACUCUUCCCACCCGAGUCAGCUGCACCAGCAGCGACUGCAGCAGCAACAGCAGCAGCAGCAGCAGCAACUGCAGCAGCAGCAGCUGCUGCAGCAGCAACAGUUGCAGCAGCAGCAACAGCAGUUGCAGCAGCAGCAGCAACAGCAGCGCUAUCACCAGUCGAGCGAGAACCAGUAUCCGCUGGAGCCGGCUACGAUAGCGCUGACUGCGUCACCGCACGAGGAUGCCCUACAGAAGCUGACCCAGCGGCUCGAGAGCGAGCUGCGGAUCGCGAAACGGCAGCAUCUGGCUUGCACUGAGGUGCUGCUGCCGGCCGAUCUUCUCCCGAGAAUAUCGUCCCAGAUGUUCGAGGAAUCGGAGAAGGAACCGUGCGGCAUCCGCGGAUGCACCGUGUACAUUGAGUUCGAGGACGAGCCUAACAACACUCGGCGGAUCGCGACCAUGAAGACCGAUCCUAACACGGUGUCGACGUUCGAGCUGUACCUUACGCUCAAGCAGGACCGGCGGGGAUGGACCUCAAUUUUGCCACAAUUUUUGAAAAAUCUGGCCCGUGGCAGCACAAUCAUGAUCAGCCCGGAGUUUUUGCUGAAGAAGAACAAGCUCUACCAUGCGUACUCCGAUUAAGUAGCAUCGCGUGGCCGAGAAGACGUGGACUCACGACAUUCAUCGUCAGCGUCCUCCCCCCACUAAUACCCCCCCUUCAUCCACACGGCGUCUUCUCUUCGAUGAGGAGAAGCACAGCAAAAAAAAAAAAAACAAAUACACCACCAAAACCACCCCCAUUUUCCCCCAAACGCUCAUCAGGCGAGUGUGUGUUUCUCACCACCCACCGCAGCACAUCGGCAAAAACACCCGUUUCUCAACAAAAAAAAGGGUGUGUGACGUGCGUGUGUGUGUAACUGCGCCCUCCCACUGGCUCUGGCGCACCACCCCACCGCAGCAGGACGUUCCAGCAGUAGUGAGUGAUGCGUGUGUUUGUGCGUCGUGGCAAAAGAGAGAGAGAGAGAGAGAGAGAGAGAGAGAGAAAAGUUGAUCAUAAAAAGUGCAGCAAACUUUGGUGCAAUCGGUGCAUAUGCGUGUCUCAGCGUCGUUUUUGAGACAUGCAGCAGUUCUCUGGUGUGCAUACCGUAACGGAAGAAGAAGAAGAAGAGAAGAUCUCCCCCCUCCCCCCCGCCCACAUGCCUGCGUUUGUGUGAUUGGCCGAAAGCCGCGAGGACACUGAUCUUGUGAGAUGGUGCAAUCGGCCGAAUCAGUGUGUAUCAGUGUGUUCGUACGUGUGUGUGCGUGCGUGUGUGCUCGUAUGAGAGGAAAAGUUUGGAUUGAUUCGAAUCGAAUCGAAGUUUGUACCCUUCCGCCGUCUUCAUCGACCACACACCCACCACCACCACCACCACCGUCAUCUUGGACAUCGGAUAUGAUUAUCUGAUCGCGAUCGACACACACACACACACACACCGGAAGAUCAGCGCUCCCCGAAGUCGUGAAGGAGGAGGAAAGCGUUCCUUCUACGCGCCAUCAGCAGCCGUCGUCUUCGUCAGUGCGGCAGAUCUCAGACGCAAUCACCAAUUCAAACAGCGCAGGGAAUCGAUCCUGGAAGUAAGCCACCACCACCCAGCUCAGCCAGGACAAUUCGUCGUCUCAUCAACGGCAUCCAGUCCCAGUGUGUGCACCAGCAAGGAUCACCAGCAGCAGCAGCAGCAACAGCAGCAGCAGCAACAGUAAGCAGAUCUCCUCUUCUAUUUUCAUCCACCCGCAACAACACCGCACCACCCACACCGGGCGCGUGCGUGCGCGUUUGGGAACCGUGGGCGUGAGCGUGAGCGUGAGUGCGUGUGUGUAUGCACCCGCACGGCACAUCGCGUUGUGCGUGUGAGUGAGUGUGAGUUUUAGGAAGCAAAGGUAGGAAAAAAAAACAAUACAAAAAAAAAAUACAACCGCGGAUUGUCCUUUUUGCAUUUGUCCUUCCUCAUCCCCACCACCACCACCAGCCCCCUCGCCAGGGAUAGGUAAGGGGGACUGCGGGGAGAGGGAGAAGGGACGGUGAAAUAGCAGCAGGCAAAACAAAACAAAAAAGUAUAUACUAUAUACAUACAUAUAUAUAUAUAUAUACAUACAUAUAUCUAUAUUAGCCACAAAUUCAGCAACAACCACUCUCUGCUCUCUCCCCGCCCACGCGCGCUUCCUGGAUGAGGAAAAGGGGAUCCCCUCCCCCGCAUUAUCUUCCCAUGCUCUGGCCCUCGUGGUGGGGAGCUUUGAGCGAGCGGAUGGAGCGCAAGUGGCGGGGACGAGAGAGGAGAACAAAUUUUUGCAAAACGACAAACAAACAAAUCAACAACAAAAAAAAGAUCCCAUAAACAUACCUACUUUUUAAGUAUUUUAUAAAUAUUUAAAGUGGAAGUCCGACAAAACCGAACUACGAGGAAUCGAAUUGAAGCAAAAAGAAAAUUUGUGAAAAAGCAAGCACGAAGAGGAAGCGAUUGAAAUCGCGCAGCUGCAGAGGGGGGAAUAGAGAGGAGCAAACCCAAGUGAUGAAUUAUGUGUAAAACAAAGCUGAAAUGCUCUAAGUAUAAUUAAAACCACACAAAGGAUUGCGCAUUAGAUAUGAGCGUAAGAGAGAGAGAGAGAGAGAGGUUAAGAGCCAAUCGGGAACGAAACAACAUCCUUAUUUGCUUUUAAAGAGCAAGCAAAAAAAAACCACACACCAACACAACACCCCCUUUACACUCCUACAUGAUACAAAACGAAAUCAACAACACUAAUUAAUAUGUAGUAGACAACCAACAAAUUUUUAAGAAGGGAUAAUAAGCGAAAGGAUGAUCGAGAGAGAGAGAGAGAGAGAGAGAGAGAGAAAGCAACACGAAUCAGGCAGAAAAUCGAUGCGACGACGGGCAAACGGGGUGCAGCGCAUCAUCAAAGAAAGCUCUAUUUUAACCUCAUUUUUUUGUCCUUCCCGAAUCGGUUCUGGAGAUCGAUUGCUGGGCUAAUUUUUCUUUGUAGUUAUGAUAAUUUGUUUGUGUAAGAGUCCUGUUUUUUUUUACCAUUCUUCUCGCAAAGCAAGAGUAAUGAAUCAUUGCUUGCGGCUAACUUUUUCUUUUUUUUCGUGGAGGAAAACUCCCGUUUUGACGAAUCGUCGCCUUUUUCUCCCUUUCGAAGAGAGGAGAGGUCCGCCGUUUUCUUGCAAAAAGAAAAUGGUUUUCUUUUUGCGUUCGAACACACUUUGGGCCGCCGCAUUGCAGGAGGAAGGAAAAGCCGAUGAGGAAAAUGCGUAAUUGUGUGGGAACUGAAUGACACACACACACACGCACAGACAUACGUCCUCAAAACGGCACACUUUGGCAAAAAUUGGAAUUUUCAAUUUAUCUCGUUACGUGCUUAAAGUUGCAUAGCGUUCGUUUUGGUAUUUUUUAAAUUGGUACACUUAAGGAAUGCAGAUUUCACUGCAGAUUGUUUCUUUUCACUCCCAUUUUUUUGUUGCUUUUCCACAGACGCAUGUCCACCAUGCGUUAUAUCGAGUAUUAAUUGACAUAAGUGCAUGUCGUAUUACACGUGCGAAAUGAAUUUAUAGCUAUAUUCAUACAUCAUAUAUAUGUGUUUUUGUUGCAACUUACCCCGGAGGCUGCUCGUCCGCGUUCGCGAUAGGUUUUCGAUUCUUUUGUCCUUUCCUUAAACGUGAGUUAAGCUGAGAGAGAGAGAGAGAGAGAAAGAAAGAGAGAUAGUAAGAAGAGCACCUCUUAUAUCUAAUAAUUGUGAACGAUUUUGUGAUGAUUUCCUAGUGAUUUUCCAAUUUUCCCCGCUUCUUACAUUUCGCUACGCGCGCGCGUUCCAGAAGCAAAGAAGAAAAAAACAACCCCACCGUUGUCAGGGACAGAGAGAACGAGAAUGCGAAAGAGAAAGAGAGAGCGAGAGAGAACGUUUAAUGAGGGCGUUCGGGGGUGUCCCUUUUUUUCCACCCUUGUGUGGAUAUGCCAUCACAUCCACGGGGAUUCUCAAUUCAGUGGAAGAAAGGAAAGCGCGUACACGAGAUAUAAGGUACAACCGCGGGAAGGCACAGGAUGCGGCAGGAUAAGAAGAAGAAGGAUCGUUGAUUUUGUUUUAAAUAUAUAAAUAUAAAUCUAUGUGUAUAUUGUAGGCAUUAUAUGAAAACAAAACAAAAAAGCUGCUGAAAUCGAGCAACAAAUUUUCGAUUUGUGAAGGGCGUUUUUUUUUUCAUUAUUUCCUUCAUUUCCGUUCAUAAUUAUACAUACGCGCUGCUCCGUUGUAUGAACUCGAAUCGAGAGCCGGGAGUAGUGGCCGGAGUCGAAGCGACAUAUUGUUGUCGCGUUCUUUUAGGAUUUUCAAAUUGUUUUACAAGCAAACACGCGCGAAUGGGGGAAGAAGAAAAGAGAGAAUGCGAGAGGGAAGCAACGAAUGGCGAAAGUGCGCAUUUUGCUGCAGGUGGUUGCAAAGCAAGGCAAAAAACAAAAGGAUAAGCUAAGGAUAUAAGCAAGGCAAACCAAGAUUUGCUUUUCUCUUGUGAUUGACAAACAAAACAAAAAACCUACAAAAACCCGCCCUUAAUAGGGUGACGAAGGGGAGAGAAAGUGUGUGUAUGUGUGUGGAAUGUACGCAAAGCGAAGAAUUAAUGAUGAAAUUUCGAAUAACCGCGCCUUGUAAGUUACAAGUUUUUUUUUUGUCUCUUCGUAACACUUCCAAGGUUUUCCUCCGGAUUUUUUUCUUCUUUUCGAUGAAAACGUUCGAUGGUCCGAGCAGGAGAAACACGAAAGGACCCGAAACGUGCAUUUUCAUUCAUUCGAAAGGUGGAGGAACCUUCAAUGAUACAUAGCCCAAGAGGAGUUUUGUGUACUACACAUACACACACUCAUUCACACAUCAGACACACAUACACACGUACACACAUACACCCAUCGGUGUCGUAAAAUUAUCGUAGGGUAAAACGGGAGGAAGGUGACGAAGAAAACAAACACCGCGAUACAAACUAGGUUUUAAGGCCCACCCCCAACACACAAACAUUAUGAGAAGAGAGAGAGAGAGAGAGAGAGAGAGGUUCUUUUUUCACCUUUUUUUUCGAAUUUUUCUGUUAACAAACUCUCCUUAAUUUUCAUCGUUUUUGAAUUGCUUUUUUGUUUAACUUUUCGAAUUCUCGUUAGAUGAUAAAGAGGGUGAGUUUUUGGAGACGAAUUUUUUUGGCAUUGAUUGUUUUAGACCUACCGGUUGGCUCGAUGAAAGCGAACUCUCCCCCCACUUCCUGUACAGUUCCUACAUGACUUUUCAUUUGUUUGUAUUAGAAUCGCAUUCGUUUCGUGGCGAUGGAAACUGAUAAACAUGAAGCAAAGCAUCAUAAUGGAGCAACAAUAAUCGUAACAUCUUGGAUAAGCGAAAAGGAACGUGGAGAACAAAAAAAAACACAAAAGAAGAAAAAACAAAUCAAAAUAUCUAAACACGUGGUCGUCUAAAGUGAAGGAAGGGAGGUAGGAGGUACAGAAAAGCGGGGCGAGCGACGCCAACGCGAGUGGAAAAUGGAGGAACAAAAUUAAUAAUAACAGAAAAUGCAGAAAAGAAUGGGAUGAGAAGAGAAGGGGUACGAAUUAACUUGAUAAGGAUUAACUAGCGGUAGGGUGAAGAAGGAGAAGAAGGUGGGAGUAGUGAGGGCGACAUGAAUAUAGAGAUAAGCGCGCCCGUGUGUGGAAGUCAGGAAAGCCGAUAAUAAAGCAUUUGUGAGUAAAGGGAUGGAAAGGAGAACAAGCAGUUAGGAUGAAGGACACUUACAACCGUCACAUUUCAAUACAAAACACUUACAUACCCGUACAGAUGCAGUCGCAAGACAAACCAGAAAAACACUCAAACAUUUUCUUGAAAAAAAAAACACACAAUCACAGUACAGAUUACACAACCCGCAAACGAAAUGAAAAAAAAAAAGAUACACGUGUGUUAGUGCCGAUUCCUUCUGGCGAGGUAGCUCUUUUCCUCCUGUUCGUUUGUUUUUGAAACACGAAAACAAAUCAUUGAUCUUAAGCUUAAGCAUUGCGAGCGAGCGAGCGAGAGGCGGGGGAGAUAUUUUUUGAAAAUGUUUUUCCCAUUUUUCCUUUCGUCAAUACACUGUGUUGUUUCUCUUAAUGCGUUCUAUUUGUCUCUUUGUGUGUAAAUUAUUCGAUUCGAAGCGAUUGAACGCGAGACCCCGAGGGGAAGAACAAAAAAAUGAAAAGAAAUACAAAAGGAGAGACGAAAGCAAGGCGAAAAAAAAACAUACAAUAAGAAAAGAUACACGUAAACGAAGAGAUAAGAUAAGAACAAACACAAAAAAAAAACAAAAACACACAAACGUGAAAACAAAAGAAGCAGAGAUAUGAUAUGGAAAGGAAAAUAUUUGCAGGAGAAAAUGGCAAAGGACCGAAAUAUGCGAGUAAAAGAGAGAAAGAGAACGCGAGAGAGAGCGCAGUCGGGAGCGAAGCAAAUCAGUUGGAUGAGAGAAUGUGAAAGGAAAAGGAUAAAACCGUUUCAUUUGUGAUAUUUGAAUUUACGAAUUAAGGAUAAAAACAGAUAUCUUUCUCCUUUUUACUACCGCGCUACUCUAUUAUUAUUAUUAUUAUAAUUUUUUUUAACUUAUGUGUAGUAACCUUUCCUUUUCUUCUGCAAGUUUUUUUUCUGUUUUUUUUAUUAUUUGUGAUCUCACUGUCUUUUGUUUUUAAGACAUCCAUAGUCCGUAGAAGUUGUUUUUUUGAAGAAAAAAAUAAAACUCCACAUGAAAACGUGAAAAAUAACACUACCCCUUGGUUUUUUUGUUUUAUUUUGUCUAUGAUUUGUUUGAAUGGUGGCAACACUACACACAUACCGAAAUGAAUUCUUCCACUUCUCGACCGUUGUUUCGUUUUCGCUUUGUUUCGCAUGAUUUUUGUGAGUUUGGUUUUCUGAUUUUCGUUUUUUUUUCGUUUCGUUCUUGUUUUUCCGUCUUUCGUCCAGUCAUUGGAGGAGUAAAAGGUGUAUCAAAUCUGCGCCUCCAGCCCUUCCUUUUUCUCGUUUUCAGGGCUGGUGGAAACACUUAGAAAUACGAGGUUAAUGCAUCCUCCCCGCUGCGAUACUCGGUGCAAUCAGGAUGUGCAGAUAAUAAAUAGUAGAAACUAAUAUCAAACCAUAACUCGUGUUGUAUCACUGCGGAGAAAAUAUCAAUUUGCUAGACACACCAAUACCGUACACACGUCCACACGAAGAGCAAAAUGAAAUGAAAUAAAUUCUCCUUCCCCCACAUACACAUACAUACAUUCAGACACUGACUCAAAGCAGCAGUUUUGCGGUAGGAUGAAACACCGUUUCAUUUACCGUAUCCUUUUCAUCACCAGCAGGAUAUCGUUAUUCCAUAGGCAGAUCAGUUUAAAAUAAAGCGUGUUUGAACAGACAAUUCCCUUUGAAACAGCUCCAACAGCGAGAAAGUAAAAGAACGAAGACAGAAAGAGAGAGAGAGAGAGAGUGAUAAAACUCACAUUGUUUGUUAUUUGAUAAAAUGGCAGCAGAACCGUAAGCGGAAGCAAGAAAAGCAGAAAAUUCGAAAUGGAGAGAGAGUGGAUAAAGCAAAAAAAAAAUCGAAUAAAAACGGAGAAAAAAACUUACUCACAAAAAGUAACCACAAAAAAGUAUAUGUAUGUGUCUGUAGUAGUUAUUAACAAAUUAAUCAAUAAAACAACAAAAAAGCAAAAACGUGACAAAACAAAUUCAAGAACAAAAAACUAACAAAUAAAAAUAAACACAAAUGAAAAAAAAUCAACAACAACAAAGCAUCACAUUUUACACACACUUCUCACGGCGUUCUCGUACUGCUAGCUUGUGGCCGUGACGUGGAGAAAUUCGAACUGAUAGUGGGUGAGAAUACCGUCGGGGAGAUGGUGUGGAAAUGAGAGAGAAAGUGAACGGAAGGAGAUUGAGGAGAUAGAACAGGAGAAAACAAAAUAGCUUUCGAACCAAAUCCUUCUCGUCUAGUACUCAUUGGCGUGUGUGUUUCUUCUUUCAUUCCCCGAGGCCUACUACGAUACGAGCGCGUGAUCGGCGUGAAAUGGUUGGUGUAUCUAGCUUGGGAAAGAGGGAAGUUCCUCCUCCCAUCCGCAUUGUGCGAGCGAAUUCCGUUCAAGCCUUGUCCUCAAACGAAAACAGAACAUGAAAGAAGAAAAUGAAAUGCUAAAACCCGAAUCAAGACCUAACGAAAUCCCACCAAAGACACGCAAAUCAGUCGCGCUUUUCUUGGGUAUAAGUAGGAGGAAACGCUGAAGAAAAAAAUGAUUUUCCAUCAUUCAACUCGUCCUUAUUCAACAGGUUGCGAUACGAUCCGAUCCUGUCAGUGAUCCCUUUUCCUGGGGUUCAGUGUCUGAUCGGAUGCGUAAAUGAUACGAGACGAGAUAUUUUACAGGCAUAUCCUUCUUGUCUGUUUGGCAACGGGCGCGAGCGUUUGUAGCGUUUGCUCAGUCCCAUUUUCGCUUUUCAGUGGUAAAUUUUCCUCCGAAAAAAAAAGAACAAAAACGUAAAGAAGUCUGAUACUUGUUUCAUGAUGGGUAGGCGGCGAAGCGUACGAGGAGACUAAGCGUGUCUGGAAGUGUUUGGAAGGAUCGUAUGCCCUUGGCGAUUCGAAAGGGAAAAUCAAAACGGGAUCGAGCCGAUCGUCAGGUUAUUCCGCGAUAUAACGCGGACACGAUGCAAACGAGGUAGAAGGAAGGGGAGGAAGAAAACAAAAUAACAAAAAAAAAACAAGUACUGUGUGUGUGUUUUUCUAUAUUUAUAUAAUAUACAUAAACCAAAAAUAUAUAUAUAUAUAUAUACACAUAUGUCGAUGGUAGCAGGUAAUGGAAUAUUAGAGGAGAAUAUGAUAACGAAAAAAAAGAAAAUCGAAAUAAGCGAACGAAAAAGCUUAAAAAAAGUGCAAGAUGAAAAAAAACGGUAGGAGAAAAGAGAGAAGGAAGGGAAGAAAAAAACAAAACAAAACUAGGAUUUUCAAAUUUGAUAAACUAUUGAUAAUAAAUGAAAACCCAACAAAUUUUUACACGACAACCAAAUCAUCAACAAAACAAGAAGAAGAAAAAAACACUACAAAAUAAAUACUAGCGAUGUUGAAGCUAAAUAUCUAACAAGUAACAAAUAACAAACAAACAAAGAAGAAAACGAGAUGGACCCCACCCGCCUACGGGCGUCCCUGCCUUUGCAAAAUGACAAUUCGUUUCGCUGCUGUCACACACGCGAGGGUUGUUUGCGAAAGCUGGCUUUUUGCACGUUAGUUGCGCGUUUGUCGUUAGUCCCGUGUUUGUUUUCAUAUUCGUUUUCCAUUGCCUUUUGCCUGUUGGUUUCUUGUGCUUGUUCCGGGAUGAAAGAGAAACAAGAAAUUCACCCAACAUAGCGCUGCACGACGGUUUCUGAUUCUUGCACCACUUUCCCAUUGCAUUGAAUUUUACCAUUGUUUGUGGAAGCUCAUUUUCGGCUUAAUUGAACGCCCGCGAGCUACUUCUGGGCUUGCAGUAGCUAACAUCCAUUUUAUCAAUAAAAAAUUGUCUGCUUUUUGCGACCUUUGUUGCUGAACGAUAGCUACAACAUUUUCAAAAAAUCCCACACCGUACACAGAACAUUUAACAUGCAUACUAACAAACAAAAAAAAACGAUAAUACAAUCCAUAUCCCGAGAGUAAAACCAGCAUAACAAAGUAGUGGAAAAGCAAGAAGGA